AUGGCCACAAUCAAAGAUCAUUUGCUAGGAAUUCCUCCGGUGACGCGGUUCUUCACAUCUGUGACAUUGAUCACCGUAUUGUUUCGGCUGUUGCACUGGAUAUCUCCAAUGGAAUAUCACUUCUUUGCAUCACAGUUUUGGUACGACCUAGAGUACGUUCUUAACGCAGACACAUGGUCCGAAUACGUGUGGAGAUUGCUUGAAAACUCGAAGACUUUCUACAAGUUUUUUACCACUUUCUUCUUCCCAGUGGAAGGUGGACCAUUUGUUUUCAUGAGUAUGUACUCUUUCUAUCUCUACUCUUCAAAGUUGGAGGGACGCACAGGAAAAUUCAAAGGUAACUUCCCAGAUUAUCUCUGGUUCAUUCUUUUGUGUGGUGCCAUGUUGAUUGGUGUGGAGGUGGUUGUUAACUACUUUGAAGAGCACUUGAUGUUCACCCAGUUGUCGGAAUGGACUGGUGAGGCGUACUACCGUAAGCUCCAAGCUUGUCUCAUUUAUGUGUGGCUGAGAUAUCUGAAAUCAUCGAAUGUAGACUUCUUGGGAAUUUUCCGUGUUCGCUCGUAUUACUUGCCCUUGUGUCACCUUGCACUUGCAGUGGUCGAUAGUCGACUUGCCGUCUGGGACGCCAUUGUUGGCUACUUUGUGGGGUAUAUAUACCUUUGCAUCCAGUCCGACACCUUGCCAUUCUACAACCUCAUUCCUCGUGUCUACGGCAGGGAUGAUCCAAGACUGAACCGUACCCUUGGCCUGGCCACUGCUAUUGAUUUCAUUCCUGCUAUUUUCGACUUGGGUUACUUGAAGGCACCCCGGUUCCUCUACUCUAUAUUGGGGUAUCCUUACAACACCUCCAAGCGGUCCACCGCCUUCAAGAAUGCACCGGAGCCUUCUGUAAAAUUGAUGGAUGGCUUUUCCUCAAGCUUCUUAAACAGGGGCGCGGAGAACACUUUCCGUGGUACUGGUCAUCGCUUGGGAGGUGCUUCUGACAAGAAGAAUGAUUAG